UCCGUUCAUCCUCAACUACUCAUCCAUCUGAUCACGUAUAGCAAUGACGAUACUCUUCGCCAAGAGAGCUGAGGUUCCCCAGACAUGGAAGGUGGCGACGGUGGCCGCAAUCAAGGCCGCCGGGGACGGCGACCGCCACGGCGCCGACGCCUUUAUACAGACCUCCACCGGCCUGCGAAUUCCAGCUCAUUCCAACAUUCUGGCUUCGAUGUCACCAGUACUGGCAAGAGUAUUGAAUCUUCCGAAUAAAAGGUGGAAGUCGGAGAAGGUGAUUCGAAUUCUCGGAGUUCCUAACGAAGCUGUUCUUGCCUUUGUGCGUCUGCUUCAUGCGGGAUGCGAUGAAGAGGAUGAAGAAAUGAUGAGGAGGAACGGGAUGCACCUGCUGUACUAUCGCAGUCUUGCGAGGCCGUGUGCGACGCGGCUUGGCUGGCUUCGCUGCCUGAAGCUGGUGAAGAAGGACUUCGGCGCCGUACAGAAAAGCGACGCGUGCGAAUUUCUUCAUGAGUCUGAUCUUAGGGAAAAGCAAAGCAGAAGAAAUAUGGAAGAGCAGAAAACAUACCAGCAGCUAAGCGAGGCAAUGGAAUGCCUUGAGCACAUAUUCAAAGAAGGUUGCACAGACAUUAAGCCCGACCGCCGCCGGCGAAGCUCCUGCUCUUGCCCGCCCUUGGACGCCUGCCAACCCCUUCAGCUCCUCCUCCUACACUUCUCCAAAUGCGACGGAAACCGAGCCACCUGCUCUCGCUGCCGGCGAAUCUGGCAACUCCUUAAGCUUCAUUCUUCAAUCUGUAUGGCUCAGGAUUCAUCCAGCUGCAAGGUUCCACUCUGCAGGCAAUUCAAGUACAAAAUGCAGAAGAUGGAGGAGAAGUUAGAAGAGAGAAAGUGGAUGGUAUUGGGGAAGAAAGUAGCAUCAGUAGUAGCCUUUUCGAGUUUUGCAAAGAGGAAGAGGUAUGAAUCUGGGCGGGAUCUGGGCCCAGAAUGAAGCUCAUAAAGCAUUUCUUCUCGAGCUUGUAUGAGUUUUUGAAAUGUGUUCAGAAAAUCAGAAUAGUUUAUGUGAUGUGAGGGUAGAAUAUGUGAGGAGAGACGAGGAGUCCAAAGGAAAGAGGAAGAAAUAUGUCUUCUUCUUCUUUCUUUCUUUCUGUAAUAAAUGUGAUGUAUUAAUAUAUGUUUUAGAGCUUGUGUGAUA